UAUCAGCAUUUGGAUGCCGAUUUCAAAUCCCCCGCUUUGUUCCGCGGGGCUUCUACUAUUUUUUUUUCUUUCUACACGGUUAUUUAUUGUUCUCUGUGACCCAACGACUGUUACGAUUUUUAUAUACCUGAUUCCACCUUGCUAUAUUCUUUGCGCGGCGAGCGAUUCACGUCCCAAACGUACACCAUGAUUGAACCCUUCCAGACCACCUUCGCGGUCCCAAUGACCUGCCAGGGCUGUGUGAAAGAUAUCUCCAGUACCCUAAACAAGCUCGACGGAAUCAACAAAGUCGAUGCCAGUCUGAAAGACCAGCUCGUAUUUAUCGAAGGCACGGCGCCACCCAGUUCCAUCGUUUCCGCGAUUCAGGCUACGGGUCGUGAUGCGAUUCUACGGGGUAGUGGGACCUCCAACAGUUCCGCCGUUUGCAUUCUGGAGACGCAUGCGAAUUCGGUCCCGAAUAAGAUCCGUGGAUUGGCGCGUAUGGUGCAGGUCUCGUCCAACAUGACGCUUGUAGAUCUGACCAUUAACGGGCUGGCGCCGGGCAAAUACUGGGCCACAGUGCGCGAGGCCGGAGAUAUUUCACAGGGAGCCGCGUCUACCGGAGGCAUCUGGGAGGCAUUGAAGGCUACGGUGUUGGGAUCGGAGGCGUCCAAGGAGCCACGCGGAGUGUUUGGGACGGUGGAUGUGGACGAGAAGGGACGAGGCAAUGUCUUCUUGGACCGACCAUUGGCGGUUUGGGAAAUGAUUGGACGGAGUAUGGUGGUGUCGAAGAGCAAAGAGGGUCCAUUCCGAAAGGAAGACCCGGAUACAUUGGUUGGGGUGAUUGCUCGAAGUGCGGGCGUGUGGGAUAAUGAUAAGAUGGUGUGUUCCUGCUCCGGGAAGAAUGUGUGGCAGGAGCGUCAGGAACAGGUAUCUCAGGGGAUGGUUUAAGUUUUAUUCUUUUCUUUUUUUUUUCUCCUUCUAUUUUUUGAGCAUCUAUUUGAUGCCCCCUUUGGCCCCAUUCACACAUUGACUCUGUGACUGGAGAGGCGGGAGCUGCCUUGACUUUUCUUAUAUUUUUUUAAAGUUGUGAUACCUACUUGUCGUGAGAUGAUGUCAGUCAUGUGUCGUAUGUGAAUGAAUCUGCAUGAGGCUAGACGUGAUGCUGUUGGGACCUAAAUUGUUAGACGAGCGGGCAGGAUUGUGAUUCCAUUAAAUCCAUCGAUCAGUGCGCUGGAAGUGGAACUAUAGAUAGACGGUGAAGGAGGAGAAAAGACACCUAGGGUAUCAACUCACCACCUGAUCAUAGUAAGUAGUAAGUAGCGGAAAAUCGUGGGUCCAAAAAGGAAA